UUUCAUCAGCGCGUACUAGGAGGUUUGCGUUGCUGCCUACGCUUGUGUUGUAUUGUUUUGAUUGUGGAUAGACAGCAUGGUUGAAAGAUUUUUAAACGAUUUGAUCUCAAUAAUCAUAGAUACUAAUGAAGACAACAGCUUUUAUGACCAUCAUCUUAAAGCUAUAAAGAUUGCUAAGAUAGAGAUCAGCAAGCAUUUUGAUACUUUGAGUAAAUUAAGCUUGUUUUACUCUUAUUUGCGGAACUCAAUUCUGUUUUACAAAAUUUCUUGUGCUAAAACAUAUCGUUUAGAUGAGUUUAAUUAUCGUGUAUUUGAAGGCUUCCGGUUUAAGCCACCAACGAACUCAAUGCAACGUAAUUAUGUCGAGCUCCUGAGAUUACUAGAGAAAAGUCCUCUGUUUAUUGCAGAUUUACUACAUCAUUUCAAGUCUGGGUUAGGAAUUAUGGAGCAUCUCUUGCGUUCUGUGCGUUUGGUAACCUGUACUGAUCCUUUGAAUCCCUGUAAUCAGUUGGUUCAGCUCACUAUUGCUCACUACAUGAAACAGUGCCUGUAUGAUGUAAAGUGUGCAGUAUAUUCUAAGUCGGAGGCAAUGUUCCUGGUGCAUUUAUUCGUCUUUUGUGCUGUUGGGGUCCGGUCAUUUUCAAACUCACUUCUGCACAAUAUAUUCUUCAGACUUACCAAUAGUUGUCCAUAUAUACCAUUUUAUGUUCUUAAAGGCAGUGAAAAUAACACUGAAAAUGCCACUAGCUGCGUGGCACUCAACUUUUCCACAGUCUCACUUGUCAAUAUCAUCAUUGAAAGCUUGGCGGAUAAUAUUUUACUAUUUCCUCAGCCAGUUCUUGUAUUGUUGGGCAAUAUGCGUCUCAUCUGGUCUGCAGCCGGUUUAUCUCAAGAUGAUGUUAUGCGUGCAAGCCUGGAGUUUGUUUUCAAUGAUUUUAUUGGAUCUUCUUUUGAAGAACCCGAGUUGUUUAACAUCACUCUUAAUGUUACAUCAUUUCCCAGAAUACUCCAAGUUUUGAAGAAAACUGUUGAGGUUAUUCUUUCUCUAGUUCUCGAGUGUGAUAACUGCUUGUUAGGUACUACUGCGACAAAUCAGAACACCUCUAAAGUUGAUCGUAACGAAUGUGCUAGGAUUAAAGUUGAACAACUACAAACAUUUGUACAGUUUGUACUUAGUGCUGCUGACUCCAUGGCUUUUACAAUUAGUGUGUUAGAAGAGCAUCCUGAGAGUGUUUCACCUAAUAUAAAUACACCCCAGUUUGACGAGCCCAAAGAUGAUAUACAAAGGAAUUCGUUCGGUAGUGUUGUUUCACUAACUUCUAAUGAUCUAAAUGUUUUAAUCGAUUGUAUCCGUAUCGUCUUGAAGAAAAAGCCGAAUUCCUAUCCAUUUUCUAAACUGAUUGAUCGUCUACCCUGUUAUGUUCCUGGUGCUACUAUAGGAGUACAACAAUCCCUUGACAAUGUUUCAUCUGAAAAUAACUUGAAGGCAUCAAAUUCAUGUACAAAUGAAACAUCUGCUGUUUUAGUUGAUAUAUCAAAAAGUAUUGCUGUUAAAACAUUAACUCGUAAAAUCAUUCGAUCAAACAAUGAUACAAUAUCAUCACAGCAAAGACGAAGUCGUUCAUUAAAUAAUCUUUUCAGUGAUAAAUUGAAUUCUGUUAGACAUCUUGAAGAAGUUCAUGAUGAAGAGCAAGAUUCAAAUCGACAAAGACAAAACAUGAAAUAUGACAGUGAAAAUUUAGAAAUUGUCUAUUUAUUCGAUUUAAAUUUCUCAUAUCAUCGUAAUCAUCAUCAUCAUCAUAGUAAUAAUAAUAGUUCGCCAGUUGAUCUAGUUGAAGAAACGUGGAAAUUAAAAAUAAAUGAAAAUAAAAUUGGCCAUUUAAUCGAUAGUUCUAUUCCUGAAGUUACAGAUAAUGGGGUUAAAAUAAAUCAGGAUUAUCUAGAUGUAUUUAUCAAAGGUAAAGUAAAUGAUCAUAGUUCUACUGGUUAUGGUUUGGAUGGUGGCAGUUUGAUACAUGGAAGUGAUGAGUCAAUUACAUCAAGCUCUGAAUAUCAUCAUUCUAACAUUAAAAUUGACACAUUGGCAAAAGUCAUAACAAACAAUGAACAGUGUGAUGUAUUUGAAACUCAAUCUGCUUCUCCAGUAAAUAUCACUAACAACUUGAAUAGAGACAAACAGUUAAAGGAUAAUUCUUCCCAAAAUGAUUUUCUGGAUAGUCAGAGAUCUAGCAAUGAGACUACAUCACAAAACUCUGAUCCAAGUGGAUGCACUAGUUUGGCUAGUAGUGCUUAUGCUCUUGGACAACGUUUAAAAGCGACAACAUCUAUCAAAGAAUCAUCACAUAAUAAAAAUAUGGGUGAUAUACAUGUCGUAUCUCAUUUCAACGAAGUAUCUAGUCCUUCGAUAAAUCCUUCACUUCAUAAUUCUUCUUUCUCACCGCCGAAUUCUCCGAAACAUGAUUUUCGCGAUUCUAUGAGUGAAAAUAUUAAUGAUCGUACUACACAAUAUGUGGCAUGUAGCUCACUUUCUCGUGGGAUUGAAAAGCGUACUCGAUUUUCCAUUUCAGUUUUACCUAGUACUUCAGAAGUUAAAGGAUUUGGAAAUACGACACUUUUAUCAAAUCGUUCGUUUACAGCACAUUCUACGGUACCAGAAACACGACAUAAUAAUAGUGAACCUGUUGUUCAUUCAUCAGUUGUCAGAUGUAGUUCAGUUGAUUUAUCUCAGUCUGGUUUAGUCAACUGUGUAGAUCUGUUAACUGAAAGAACAAUCAAAUUUGAAGGUCAAAAAUCUCAGUUUGCUUUUGUUUCUACGAUACCUGUAUCAAAUACUCUGAAGUAUAAUGAUAAAAAGUCAUCUAAUAAACCACGUUGUUCAUCUCUUACUUCUUUAUGUGUAUCUACGGGUAGUUCUUUACUUCCAGCUCAUCGAAACUCACAAAGGCUGAUGGCAAGUACUUCAAAUCAGGAUAUUGAAGGUCAAGGGACAUCUAGUUUUUCUGUGGAUAGUGCAUCAAGUCACAGUGAUACUGACAGUGGUCUAAUAGGUGCUGCAAUCUCUCAACCUAGUACUACUUCAUCUUCUUGUCAUCUUAACUCAUCUUUUAUGCAUUCAUUUCAAAAUUCACAUGAUCAAGUUGAUGUACGAGAGGUUGAUGAACAGUCAAGUCUGUUAACAUGUUCAUCAUGUGGUGUACACCUGGGUGAAGAUGUAAUGCCUGAUCCAAUUCCUGAAAAUUCUGAAUCUCAAGAUGUUGAUAAUAGUAAUGGUCAAAUUGGAACACAAGUUGAUGAACAGUCAAGUUAUCCAAGAGAUGAAGAAGAUGCCCUUUCUGAUUUACCAUUAUCUUCAGCAAAUAUAUCUGGUCGCGUAACACCUUUAUCUUUGACAAGUGCAACAUCUCGUGGAGGUCCAUUAACUCAAUCCAGUUUUCCCAGUACAGAGAAUAAUUAUCGUGGGUCAAGUCUGUUCCCCCAAUCCGGUCUUAUCCUUCCAACUGGUACAACUUUGCCAUCUAAUGUAACUCAAUUAGGACUUACAAGAUGUGGUCCGAAUGAUUUUCCUUCAACACUUUUCCAAAGACACUGUACAUCAGAUGUUACAGAGAAAUUUAAUAAAUUUGAUUUACCUCCAGCUCGAUUGACAGAAAAUGAAACCAGAUCUACUGUUAGUGAUACCUGGUCGACUGAUGUGCUUCCGUCUGAUACAGAAUAUGCCGAUCUUGGCCAAGAAUUUUCCUCUUCACAAGCUAAUUCAAAUCCAGAUAUGGUCGGUCGACGUCUUAACAGUCAUAAUGCACCACGUGUUUCGCAUCGACAUGCCCAUCGUCAUCAUCACAGAAGGAUGCCUGUAUCGGAGUCAAUAGUCAAUGAAACUGCAGAAAAUAACUUGCGACCACCAGCUACUGCACCAGAGUUAGAUAACAGAGGAAGACAUCUGAAUCUGCAGUCUGAUUUACUUGUAGAUGAGGCAGCAAAUGACGAAGAAAUGCAAAAUGGACAUAAUUCUGUUGAAGUAAAUAACCCUAACCAUUCCGAAGUUACACUGCCUUCUGGAACAGAUUCACAGUAUCAGGAUAAUUUUGACUUAUCAUCACCUGUGGAUUCUAGUUCACCAAACAGAAAGACAUCCUCCAUUCAACCUUGUUCUGAUUCAGUUAGUUUUGCAGGUAUUACUGAUUGUUCUACUCCAUCUACAUCAUACACUAAAAUUCAAACUAUAACUAUUGAUAAAGAUAAACUUCGUCCAUUUCGACCUACAGACGGCCGACGAAAUUUGAACACAAAUCGUUUUCAAGGAAGUGCGCAUACUCUUAAAGAGAGCUUUUCACGCUUCAUGGAAAGACUAGAUAUAAUGACUAGACGUCAACGCAUAUCAGCGAAUUCAGGUAUCGAGAAACAAUAUGAAACCUCAAGGUCAUCUCAGUACAAUGAUUACCAGUCUAAUCUUUAUACGCUUCUUCCAGAUUUAAUGGAAUCAGUUCCUAUCGAACCAGGAACCAACAAAAAGAAUCAUUCAUCCAUGAAUACAUCCUCUUCUGCUGCUUUAUCUUGGAGCUCUAAAACACUUUCCAAGUUUAAUGAAUUAACUACGGUCAAUAAAGAAAUUUCUGAUGUGCUAAGCAGUUCAUCACCGGUUAUGGAUGGCGCUGUUAAAAAUGAAGAAACUGUUGAUGAAAUGAUGGAACGUUAUCGUCGACAGACAGGAAUUACUUCAAUGGCUGAUUCAUUGUCUAGUCAUCAACUGUCUAAUUCAUUCUACUGUGAUGAAAAACAAGUUCCUAGUACCUUGGAGGGUACUUUGAAUAGAAACGAUAAUCAUAAAUCUGGUGAUUGUAAAAGUGCGAUGAAGAAGACUUCUAUGGCUUCAUCAGCAUCCUCCUCUUCUUCUUCUUCAUCUUCCGCUUCCUUCUCAUCUUCUUAUCUGCAGUCACAUAGAUCAAUCCCUCAAUUAUUCAACUUAGCUUUACAUGGUCUACAAGAGAUAUUUUCUAAUUCAACAUUAAGUAUUAUUGCUUUAAAUACGAUUAAUAAAAUUAGGCUGACAUGGAAACUUAUACAUAAUCAGCCGUUGUCUCAGCAAGUCAAUAUAAGUAGUAUAUUUCAUGAGAAUCAAAUUUUAAUAACUUUACUUAGUUCCAUGCUAGCUGGAUUGCAUGAUACACAGGUUACAACAAAGUAUACGUCUUCUGCAACAAUAUGUAACAAAAAGAAAUUUAUCAGAAUUAAUCAGCAGAACAAACAGCUUUUUACAGAAUUCUAUGAGGAAUUCUCUAGUGAACAAUCGUAUUGUGAUCCAAAAUUACGUGUUGAAUUGGUACGAAAACUUGUUGCACGGUUGAUAGAUAAAAUGAAAAUGAAAUGGCGUGAAUCAUCUUUCAAUCAUUCUACAGUUUCAACAUCUAUUGAGUUACAGUCGUCAUCUGAUUACGUGACGUGCAUUAAUCCAGGGAAUAAUAAUAAUAGUAUUGAGAAUGUAUUCACUCAUUUAGAAAGACUUGUAAUGGAUGAAAUUUAUUCUUCUGUGAUAUGGAUUAACGAUUCAGCUGUAGAAGAAGAACGUGAUGACUUAUUCCAUCGAGAGUUAGGAUUACUGCAGAAUACAAUUACACCAGUGGAACUAAGAAUACCUGAACAUUAUCAUGUUAUUCUACCACUUCAGUCUGUACAAAAUGAACUUCGACUGCUUGACUGUUAUCAUACUCCAUCAGAUAAACUUCAUUGCCUUAAGCGUGUAAUGAAACAUAUUUUGGCUGCUUUACAAUUAGCUCAUCCAACAUCUGUACCAUGUGCAGAUGACCUUCUACCAGUACUUAUUUACUUGAUAAUACAAGCGAAUCCACCUCGACUACUUAGCAAUAUUGAAUUUGUCAACAAUUUAGGCAGUGAUAACUUUGAAGCUGGUGAAAUUCAGUAUAUUUGGUGUCAGUUUUGUUCUGCAGUUGCUGAGAUUCGACAUCUUAUGUCAAUUAGACCAUUGAAUAGAAAUUCCAGAUAAUAAUAAUAAUUGACCAGUCUGCAUAUAUGUGUGUGUGUAUAACAUCAUCCAUCAUAUUAUCGAUUUUUGUUUUGUUUUCUUACUUUCAAAUAACCAUUUCGUUGAUAUGUUACUGUGUACAAAGAAAACAACAAGAUUUCAGUGUCUGUUACGGUUAUCAUGGAGUUUGUGAAUAUGUGAUGUUUGCCUACAUCUUAAUCUCUUUUUUUUUCCCUCUUACAAUCAGUAUACAUAUCCCCCCCCCCAGCCCUUGCUGUGAUGAUAAAUUUUCUAGGGAAAUUUUCACUUUUGGUCCCAUUUAACCCCCACUUUCUCCUCGAAUACCACUAAUUACUAAGGCAAAUGAAACUCUGUAUUCUUGCCUAUUUUUCAUAGAACUAUUAAUUUGGUGGUCAUUUCAUAAUUUUUAUUCACUUUGAAUAAAUACAUUGUGUUU